AUGCUCUACCACUUCGGGAAAGGUUGGAAAGCAGCACAGUCAUUUCGCGAUCUCAACGAACUUUUCGGUCAGUGUAGGGAGAGGUUGGCCCGCUUCAAAUCAAAUGACACCAGUCUACAAGAUAAGCCUGGAAGAGGUCGGCCAUCGGAUUUGGACGAUCAGGCGCUUCUGGCAGCCGUGAAAGACGACGAAAGCUUGCCAACACGAAUGCAGUCAACAAUCAUUCGACAUCUCAAAAAGCUUGGAAAGGUAUGGAAAUUGGCUGGAUGGGUCGCUCACGAACUCUCCGACAACAACAAAGCCGAUCGCGCAAUUUGA